AUGGGACACUAUCAGAAAGCCUUUGUGAUUUUCCUCAUAUGUUCAUAUUUUCUGUAUCCUCCUCUCAUCCUUUCAUCAUCGACUGAUGGAUACACGAGAAUUAGAUUGAAAAGAAUGAAAUUAAACAAAGACAAUCGUGUUGUUUCACAAACUGAGUUGACUCAUUCUUUGAGGGCUCGUUAUGGGAAUAAUCUCAUCGGGUCCAAUGGAUUAGACAUCGUGUUGUUAACUAAUUACAUCAACACUCAAUAUUAUGGUGAGAUUGGCAUUGGCACCCCUCCUCAAAUGUUCAAUGUCAUCUUUGAUACCGGUAGCUCUAAUCUAUGGGUGCCAUCAUCAAAGUGUUAUCUCUCGAUGUCAUGCUAUGUUCAUUCAAAAUACCGGUCAGGAAUGUCAAUUACAUACAAGAGUAGUGGGCAAUCUGGUGCAAUUGAAUAUGGUAGUGGAUCAAUAUCAGGAUUCUUUAGCAAAGACAACGUUAAAAUUGGUCAUCUCAUUAUUAAGGAUCAGGAGUUUAUCGAGGCAACAAAGGAGCCUGAUAUGACGUUUAUGACCGGAAAGUUUGAUGGUAUACUUGGGCUUGGAUUCAGGGAGAUUUCUGUUGGAAAUGUUGCCACAAUAUGGGAGAAUAUGUUGAAUCAAAAUGUAGUUAAGUAUCCAUUGUUUUCGAUUUGGUUGGACCGGAGUGACAAUGAAGAAAAUGGGGGUGGGGGCGAGAUCAUCUUUGGUGGCGUUGAUCCCAAGCAUUACAAGGGUAAUCAUGCUUUUGUUCCACUCACAAAAAAGGGUUAUUGGCAGUUCAAUUUGGGCGAUGUUCUUAUCAAUGGCAAAUCAACCGGAUACUGUCAAAAUGGAUGUCCCGCCAUUGUAGAUUCAGGAACAUCUUUGCUAACCGGGCCAACGUCUGCGAUCACCGAGAUAAAUGCUGCCAUUGGAAUUAAGAGCCUUGCGAGUCAAGAAUUUAACUCACAGCUCUCCGAGCAAUUUGCUGACACAAUCCGAGACUCGGAUAUUGAUUGUGGAAAGGCUGCAUCGAUGCCUAAUAUUUCGUUUACACUUGGUGGCAAAGAUUUUGUUCUUACACCACAUGAGUACCUUAUUAAAGAUGGUGAGGGUGAUGGUACACGUUGUGUGAGCGGUUUCAUGCCGUUGGACAUUCCUACUUCUGAUGGCCUUCUAUGGAUCUUGGGAGAUGUUUUCAUGGGUAGUUACCAUACUAUAUUCGAUUACGGGAACUUGAGAGUUGGAUUCGCAAAGGCGAUAUAG